AUGAACUAAAGUUAAAAACUCUCAAAACUACUUUGUUAAAAUUCCAAAUUGAGGUUACAAACCAAAGAUGUAUAUUUUGGUGAUACUGAAGAUUUAUAAUUAAUUUUGGUGACACAAGGUAAUUUGUGCCAUAUGCGAUACGUAUCGUGCAACUUCCUGAAUUUAAUGAAGUUCCUUUAAUCCUUCAACUCUGGAGUCCCAUCUGCUCAGUUCGUGGCAAGGAGUUCCACCAGAAUAUUCAGAAGUUCAGUUAUACUGCUGUGGAACCAGCUGGUUAAACAGUCACAAGGCCAACCUGCUGGGCUUCCAAAUACAGAACCUUUAUAGAAAGGGUCAAUAGAAAGAAACAAAACAAAACCAAAAAAACUGGCUCAACCCAAGAGUUUGGUGCAAAUGCCAUGAAAUGUGCCAGUAAGAAAGGGUAAAUGCCAUAGAAGGAACCAGGCCAUUAUAGGCUGAUAAGGGCAGCUGAAGAGAGAAGACUGAGAGCCACAAAAUAGGUGAGGGAAGGGGAAUCGCUAAUGGGCAGAAGAAAAGCCCCAGUGGGCAGUGGCACACACAUGGAAACACGGUGUGUGGUCACUUUUCCAUAGAUCUGCAUCUUUUGUGUGCGUUGAUUUCUGUGUUUGCAGUGCUUUGCUGAUUGAGUGUCAGGGGCUGAAGGUAAGUUCAGAUUUGGGAGACAUAUUUAAAAAAAACCAUAAUUAUGUUUUGGUAAAAAUAAAGGCAAUGGCAUUGCUGUGGCUCUUACAGAAGGGAUUUCCUGGUUAUUUCAUGAGCUCUGUUGUGCAUCUUUGAGAAAAUCAGUAAAAUGGCUCAAUGCUGCAGUUUCCCCUCCUUGACAGGUACACAGCAAUAUUAAUCCCUCAGUGCAGUGUGAUUUAAAGCAGUAUUUUCAUAAAGGUCACGUUCCUUUAAACAAAUACAGCCUGUUGUUUUGAUGAAUAGCUCUUAGCUUUCCUUCAAAGACUUUUGUCCAAAAUCUGUUAUACUGUUCUUAAACAUUUGAAUUGGAAACAAUUGGUCUGGCUUUGAUUCUUCUUUGAAUGUGCAGAUUGCUAAAAGCUGUAAUCUCUUUAAUCUGUUUGCUGAGGCACAUUAGCUUGUUUCCACUUGUUCCUAGCUGGCUGGUGUUAGGACCCAGAAAAGAGACAGCAGCAACGUGAUAUAAAUAGAGUACCAGAAUGGGACAAAGUUUGAGAAGAAAGCAUGACAUCACUCAGACUUGCUCUCCACCCAAAAAGAUCUGGGAUGGAGGUGCAAACGUGAGCUGGACAAGCGAGGAGUUAGCAAAUCUUUUCAGUUCAUUUCCCAGGGAGAGAGUGAGAGCUCUAUGCUUUAUGCGCUACAAGGAAGUACAUUUUCUUGCUAGCAAAACCAAAACUGGCUUCGGAUCUCUGACAACGUGAAAGUAAUUGAAAGGAAAAGACAACCAUAGGAAGAAAGUUGAAAACAAGAUAUUUUCUUUUUGGCACAGAUUCUAGCAGAAAAUAUUUGACUUCUUUCCACGGAACGGUACAACUUUCGGAUCUGAUGCACAUUGCUUUUAAUUCUUCCGCAAUCACAGUAAUUUAUUUGUGGUUAAAUGAAGAGAUCAAAGUGUGAAGGAAGCAAAUACUACUUAAAGGAUAGUAUAUCCUCGGAAGGAUAUUUUACCAUCACUGAAGGAACAGACUUCUUGAACCUACAUGGAAAAUGUCCCUUUUAAUACAAAAAGUAGCUGAGGAAAACUUAUGAUUGAAAACUGGCAGGAAUUUGAUCUCAGUUGUACUUCUAACCUUAAAUAGACGAUGAAGAAUUUAUUGUCUCUGCUUUGCUGUCAUUAUUCUUUGCUGAUUUUAUUUCAGUUCAAAUACCAGGUGUAUGGAAACUAUUCCCAGCUACUCGAACACCCAGGGUUCAAAGUUUUUUCAUCAGCUUCCCAUUACUGGCCGCUGGAAGACGUGGAUGGAAUUCAUGAGUUUCGGGAUACGAACGGAGCUCUAAGAAUCCACAACUUCACUGUGCUUCCUUCCCAUAACUCUACCUUUGUAUAUACCAAUGACUCUGCCUACUCUAACUUCUCUGCAACUGUAGACAUUGUAGAAGGAAUGGUGAACAAAGGAAUUUAUGUUACUGAAAAGAAAGGAGUUACCUUUCUCUUCUUUGGAAGAUAUCAAAAUUCCUGCAUUAGUAACCCAGAAGUUUGUGGACCUGAAGGAGUAACGUUUUCCUUUUUCUGGAAGACUCAAGACCAACAGACGAAGUUUCCCCCUGCCUCUGGUGGGCAAGUGAUUUCCAGCGGUUUCAAAAUCUGUUCAAGUGAAGGUGAAGGUUCAGUAGAAUUUUACACCCGUGGGAAUGCAAUGAUGAAGUGGAAAGCAAGUUUUAGUCCACCAGGUCCUUAUUGGACUCAUAUUCUCUUCACUUGGAAAUCAAGAGAAGGACUGAAGGUCUACAUCAAUGGAACUCUAAACACAACUGAUCCAGAUGGGAAAGUUUUCUAUGAUUAUGGAGACCCCAGUGCAAAUCUGCUGACUGGAACAGAAGGGGAUCAAACGAAACGCUAUGUGAAUGGAGCAUUUGAUGAAUUCAUUAUAUGGGAAAGGGCACUCACCCCCAAUGAAAUUGAGCAGUACUUUACCGCUGCUAUUGGUGUGCAGUUUUUGCUCUCUUCAACUCUUUCGUGGUCUACAAUGACAACUACUACAAAACCUGUGCUGUCUACAAACGCCUAUCAUCCCAUCAUAACUAAUUUGACCAAAGAGAGAGGCAACUUCCACUCCUCCGACAUCCUGCUGGAAUACCUGGAGAACAUCUCAUUCAGCUUGCCCAAUAAAUCCUUGUCAGAAAAUACUGCUCUAAGCCUGACAGAGGCAUUUUUAAAAGUUAUUGAAGACUUUCUGCUAUUACCCAACUGGCUUGAAAUACCUGAGACUGCUCACAUAUUUGGAAGCUUAAUUCAAACUAUUGACAGUGUGAUGGUGCAUAUGACAUGCAAUCUGGAAGAAAACUCGAUGUCUCUAACUGUUGAGGGCACAUCAUCCAUAGCAGACUACACUUUGGCCAAAAUGCAUUCCAAGACUCUGAAUUUGUCCCAUUAUCGCUUUCCAUCUCGAGGACAGAGUUAUAUUUCUAUUCCCAGUGAAGCUUUUCAAGAAAGAGCUUGGAUCACCAUUGUGGGCAUGUUUUACCAUAACAUGCACUACUUCUUUCAUAGUAUCAACCCUAUGGAUACCAAGAUUGCUGAAGCUACUGCUUACAAAGGCUAUAGGAUCUCAGCAGCCAGUUAUCUCAUCUCUAUCAAAGUAGAUCCUCCUCCCAAGUUGUCCCACAAUCUGUCAGGAUCUCCUCUUAUUACCAUUCAGCUCACCCACAUACUGACUCCCAGACAAUACAGCCUAGCACUAAACAAGAGUAACAGAGUCCAUCUUUACUGUGCGUUUCUGGACUACAGCAACGGAACUGGUGUUUGGUCUAAUGAAGGUUGUGUGCGUGAGAGCGGGGACCUCAACUACUCCGUGUGUCUUUGUAACCACCUCACUAAUUUUGCCAUUCUGAUGCAAGUGGUGCCUCUGAAGCUAACAAGAGAACACCAGGUGGCCCUCUCCUCCAUCACUUACAUUGGCUGUGCUCUGUCCAUCUUCUGCUUGACGAUCACGCUGGUCACAUUUGCUGUAUUGUCGUCUGUGAGCACCAUCCGCAACCAGCGCUAUCAUAUCCAUGCCAACCUGUCCUUUGCUGUCCUGGUAGCUCAGAUCCUGCUUGUCACCAGUUUUCAGUUCAGCCCUGGAACGGUGCCUUGCAAAAUCUUGGCCAUUCUCCUUCAUUUUUUCUUCCUAAGUGCUUUUGCAUGGAUGCUGGUGGAAGGAUUUCACCUCUACAGUAUGGUGAUCAAAGUAUUUGGGUCAGAAGAGAGCAAGCACUUAUAUUAUUAUGGAAUUGGAUGGGGCUGCCCGUUGGUGAUUUGUGUAAUUUCUGCCACGUCGUCCUUAGACAGCUAUGGAGAAAGUGACAACUGCUGGCUUUCCCUAGAGAAUGGAGCAAUCUGGGCUUUUGUGGCACCGGCACUGUUUGUAAUUCUGGUCAAUAUUGGUAUUCUCAUUGCUGUUACAAGAGUUAUCUCAAGAAUCAGUGCAGAUAACUAUAAGGUCCAUGGGGAUGCCAAUGCCUUCAAACUUACAGCUAAAGCUGUUGCAGUUCUCUUACCAAUCCUGGGAAGCUCAUGGAUCUUCGGGAUUCUGGCCGUCAAUGCCCACACGUUAAUAUUUCAGUAUAUGUUUGCUGUUUUCAAUUCACUACAAGGGUUUUUCAUGUUCCUGUUUCACUGUCUUCUGAAUUCAGAGGUUAGAGCUGCUUUUAAGCACAAAACCAAGGUGUGGUCCCUCACCAGUAGCUCGACUCGCAACAUCAAUGUAAAACCCUUCAAUUCCGACAUUAUGAGCGGGAACAGGCCAGGUACAACCCCCACAAAGCUGAACACCUGGGAUAAAAGCACCAAUUCAGCCAACCGCAUUGAUUUAUCAGCAGUCUGACAGCAGUGCCAGCUUCUCAGUGAAAAUCAAGCCAUACAUUCAGGACCUCUGACACAAUGUCCACCAGUAUUUUCUCACUGUUAAUACCAGUAGCAAACUGCCUUUUUAAUCACUGACUAUUAGAUUGGAAAUUACUUAUUGUUUUCUUG